AUGGCCUCUCCUACUCCAAAUUCAAACACAAACACAAAUCUUUUUAAUCCCCAAGUUAAUUGGGUACCUUCAUUUAAGGGGGAGAAAUUUGAUCAAUGGAGUAUGCAAAUGAAAUCCAUCUUUAUAACCCAAGAUAUAUGGGAAAUUAUUGAAGAUGGAUAUGAGAAACCCAAAGAUGCUGAUGAAGAGGCUUCUUGGGAUGAUACUAAAAAAUCCCAAUACAAACAAAACAAAAGAAGGGAUCAUUAUGCCCUUUCCAUAAUUUAUCGUAGCGUAGAUGAAACAAUACUACCUACGAUCAUGGCCGCUACAACGGCAAAAGAAGCAUGGAAUAUCUUGGAGACAAAAUAUAGAGGCUCGGAAAAGGUAAUACUCUUUAAACUUCAAUCUUUAUGGGGUCAAUUUGAUAGUUUACAAAUGUUAGAAAAUGAAACAAUUCAAUCAUAUGUUGACCGAGUCUCAAACAUUGUUAAUCAAAUUCGAUCUCAUGGAGACACAAUUGAUGAUGUGAAAAUAAUUCGAAAAAUAUUAAGAACUCUUAUUAAAAAAUUUGAUCACAUAGUGGCUGCUAUAGAAGAAUCUAAUAAAGAUUUAAAAUCACUCACCAUAACUGAGCUAAUGGGCUCUCUAUUAGCUCAUGAAGAAAGAAUACGUAGAUUUGAUGAGCAGCCAUUAGAACAAGCUUUUCAAGCUAAAUUAAAGUUUUCUAAUAAUGGAGGAAAUAAAAAUGGUCACGGAAAAGAUUUUCAACCAAAAAGAGGAUUUUUUAACAACCGUGGUAGAGGGAGAGGAAAAUAUAAAAAUCAAGGGAGCUGA